ACAGCAGCAAUGUGGUUGCCCUCGGAUCUAAUCACAAUCUGCCACUCGAUUAUUGAUAAGACACGUCUUCCUCCAACGACCAGCGUAUUCCAAGCCGACCAUCAACAUAAUCACGAUACUACGAUUCAGUCAACACCUCGACCGGAACAUCGCAAGAAACCAACACAGCAUGCAGUCUUUCCAUUAUUGCAGCUACCCCUCGACAUAUUGGCUUUGCACUUGCCCGCUCACCUUCCAUAUGACUCGCUCAUCUCCCUUCAUCUCAGUAGCCGGGAUUUGUUUGCAGCGAUCCCAAUUCCCAAAGAGGGGAAAGGCAGUAAACUGACAAGUUGCGAGAGAGAAGCCAUUCUCACUGCUGUGGAAGAGAGGAAAGAGACUCGAAGGUGUUGUGUGAUAUGUCGGAGCUGGUAUCCUGUUGCUCUGUUCACCUGGGUACCUGAUCAACAAACUGCACAAGCCAGUGACGCUCGGGUCGGAGGUGAUACGAUGGAGAAUCGAGUGUGCAGAUGGCAUCGUUCAAGAUUCGAACGGACUGUUUCAGAGCCAGUAUCUGGGCAGAAUCAAAUCGCUGAGCAAGGUUGGACAAUGGAGGAAGCAUGUAUGCAUUGCGGGGGCGUUUUGGCUUGGGGUAGAUGUGAUUGUGAGACUUCUUGCCAAACAUGUUGGAAGCGAUUUGUUUGGUGUCAUACACGCAUAGUAGACGCAAAGGCUACCGAAUCUGAUACCUGA